AUGGCGGAGGCGGACGGUAAGGCCGGCUGUGGCCGGCAGGGGGCGCUGGCUGUGGGUCUGUCUCAGCCCGCUGGGUGGCGCUCUCUGCUCUCCAUCACCAUCCUCUUCCUGGCCUGGCUCGCGGGCUUCAGCUCCAGGCUGUUCGCCGUCAUCCGCUUCGAGAGCGUCAUCCACGAGUUCGACCCUUGGUUUAACUACAGAUCAACACACCAUCUGACCACAAAUGGCUUCUACGAGUUCCUGAACUGGUUUGAUGAGCGGGCGUGGUAUCCUCUGGGCCGGAUUGUUGGCGGGACGGUGUAUCCUGGUCUGAUGGUAACAGCAGGACUAAUCCACUACACUCUGAAUCUGCUCCACAUCACUGUCCACAUCCGGGACGUUUGUGUGUUUUUGGCCCCCGUGUUCAGUGGACUAACAGCCAUCUCCACAUUUCUUCUGACGGGGGAGCUGUGGAGCCAGGGCGCCGCCCUGCUGGCUGCCUGCUUCAUUGCCAUCGUGCCUGGAUACAUCUCCCGCUCCGUCGCCGGCUCAUUUGACAACGAGGGCAUUGCCAUCUUCGCCCUGCAGUUCACCUACUACCUAUGG